AUGUCCGGAAUCUUUUUCCUUGGCACUACUGGUUCACUCUUAAACAUUAUCCUGUUUUCUCGUCGGAAACUACGGCAAACAUCAUGUUGCAUAUACUUUCUUGCAGCAUCGUUCAGUAGUCUUCUCUCAUUACUGUUUGGUUUGAUUCCGACAUUUUAUUUACUUAACAAUGUCUAUCCUGGCAAUUAUUCUGUUGUCUUUUGCAAAAUGCAAAGCUACGUCACUCAUACAAGUCUUCAAAUGACACGCGCGUUUCUUGCUCUUGCUUGUUUCGAUCGCUAUACGCUUAGUUUAGGCAAUACUUAUCUCCAAAGAUUUGCAACGGUUACUGUUGCAUGUCGAUGCAUUCCUAUUGUAAUAUUAUCAUGUUAUUUAAUUGCUAUUCAUUUGGUUAUUUAUCUGGAUGUUGUUAAUAGUUCUUGUGGUAUUCGUUACGCACCAGCAUUGAUUUAUAACAGCGUUUACUCGAUAACAACAAUAUCGGUUACACUGCCUUUGUUCAUGUUCACUUUUUCCCUUUUGACGUUGAUGAACUUGAAGCGUCGUCAAAAGCAACGACAACAAAUGAACACGGGAUUGAUUCAUCGGGAUAUAAUUCGUGAUAGAAAGGUCUUUUUCACACUGUCAGUACAAUUAAUCCUUUAUUUCAUAUCAACAGCAUUGUAUGCACCAAAUAUAAUCUAUACGACAAUUACGCAAAACAUGCCGAAAUCAUCGGAUCAACAAGCAAUCGGAGUGUUUAUUAAUCGAAUUGCACUUUUACUCAUUUAUAUUUAUCCUGGAUUGUCAUUUUCAGCAUUUACACUUUCUUCGGGAACCUUCCGAAGAGAAUUAAUAAAUCUAUGGCGUUCCCUUCCAAUUCAUUGCGUUCGGGGAGCAACAGUGACACCACACACAACAACCAAUCGAAGAACGCUGAAUUUAACAAACAAUCAAACAUGA